AUGUUGCGUGUGGUGGUGGCGAUGUUUAUCGCUUAUUUGGCUGUGCUUGUCGUCAUGAUCAGAGCACAGACAUGCUCGGCUGGAUUACCCGCUUUCGUUACCUGUGAUACGACGACAAGUACAUGCACAGCCGACACGUCGUUGAUCUGUGAGACGAUCGAUGGAGUACUUUAUUGCUGUCCACCUGUUGAGACAACCACUCCAACCACGACCUCAACAACUCCGACCACAACAACGGCGAGCACCUCCACUGCAAGCACCUCCACUGCAAGCACAUCAACUGCAAGCACAUCAACUGCAAGCACAUCAACUGCAAGCACAUCAACUGCAAGCACAUCAACUGCAAGCACAUCAACUGCAAGCACAUCAACUAGAUCAACAUCUACGGCGAGUACCUCAACGGCGAGCACCUCAACAGCAAGCACCUCAACUAGAUCAACAUCUACGGCGAGCACCUCCACUUCAACCCGAUCAUCAACCACCACCACUAAGCCCACUACGACAACUACGUACGUUUGUCGAGACAAUGCCACUUAUUGCACCGCUCAGAAAGCUCUCUGUUCUAAUACGCUCUACAAGGAGACCAUGAACAGUCAAUGCCGUGUGACCUGCGGCGCUUGUCCAGCCUCAGCCGUCACAGCCGCUAAUGCUGCUACGACGUUGAGUGGUUGUGCUGAUGUAUACACGACUUGCGCAUCGAACUCAGGACUUUGCAAAAACGCCAACUACAGUUAUUUGAUGCCAAUCUACUGCAAGAAGACAUGCGGUUUGUGU